UUUAUUACAACAAAUUUGCAAGACGACAUUCUUUAACUAGCGAGCACAAAAUAGUCGGCUGAACCCUGCUGUAGUGUUCAGUACAAAAUAGUGCACUCGAUCACAGAAAGACAGAAAUCGAACCAUUUAGAUCUCGUAGUCCCCUAACUAAUCGAUUUUACUAAUCUAUUUAUUACGGAUAGUAAUCUAUUAGCCUGCCUAUGCAACUUUUGAAUUAAAAGCAUUUGAUGUAGCCCUGUAGCUAGUAGUCAUAGAUUGUGACCGUUUUCAACAGAGUAUUCUCAGUUGCACGUGGACUGUGGUAGAACACUGAACACGCUGACUAUCAGACUGAAAUCAAAUGGAGUUUGAAGAGUCGGGCAUCGGAGAAGAAUGCGGAGUUUUCGGUUGUGUGGCAGCGGGAGAGUGGCCAACACAACUGGAGGUUGCACAAGUCUUAACUUUGGGACUUGUAGCUCUACAGCACAGGGGACAGGAAAGUGCUGGUGUUGUCACUAGUAAUGGAGCCAACCCACCAACAUACACAGCCCUGAAGGGCAUGGGGUUAGUGAACAAUGCUUUCCCUCCUGAGGAUCUUCUGAAACUGCGCUAUGGUAACCUAGGAAUUGGCCACACGCGCUAUUCCACUACUGGCAUCUCUGAGCUGCAGAAUUGUCAGCCGUUUGUGGUAGACACGCUACAUGGCAAAAUUGCUGUGGCACACAAUGGAGAACUGGUCAAUGCUGCAGUGCUCCGCAAAAAGGUGAUGCGUCAUGGUGUGGGCCUGUCUACCAGCUCAGACAGUGAGCUCAUCACCCAACUGUUGGCUCUGACACCACCAAUGGAGGAGCUAGAUGCUCCUGACUGGGUUGCCAGGAUAAAGAAUCUGAUGACUGAAACGCCUACUUCCUACUCCUUGCUAGUGAUGUAUACAGAUGUAAUCUAUGCUAUCCGUGACCCAUAUGGAAACCGACCCCUCAGUCUUGGACGCCUUGUCCCCAUUUCUAAACUCCACACAUCAGGUGCUGGAGAAGGAGAUACAGAGGGCUGGGUGGUGUCAUCAGAGUCUUGCAGCUUCCAGUCCAUUGGUGCCAAGUACUACAGAGAAGUCCUCCCAGGAGAGAUAGUACAGAUCUCAAAACAUGGAGUGAAGACCUUGAGUAUUGUUCCCCGCCCAGAGGGAGAUCUCCCAGCCUUCUGCAUAUUUGAAUAUGUUUACUUUGCCAGACCUGACUCCAUAUUUGAAGGUCAGAUGGUUUACACAGUAAGACAGCAAUGUGGCCGACAACUAGCCAUUGAGUCUCCCACAGAUGCAGAUGUUGUCAGCACUGUGCCAGAGUCUGCCACCCCUGCAGCAUUAGGUUACGCACAACAGUCCGGGCUACCAUAUGUGGAGGUUUUGUGUAAGAACCGAUAUGUUGGGAGGACGUUUAUUCAACCAAAUACACGACUGAGACAACUAGGAGUGGCAAAGAAGUUUGGUGCACUGACUGACAACUUUUCUGGCAAGCGAGUGGUGCUUAUAGACGAUUCCAUUGUCAGGGGCAACACAAUCUCCCCCAUAAUCAAACUGCUGAAGGAGGCAGGGGCAACUGAGGUUCAUAUCAGGGUAGCUUCUCCUCCAAUAAGGUUCCCUUGUUACAUGGGGAUCAACAUUCCUACCAAGGAAGAGCUCAUUGCCAACAAGCCAGAGUUCAAGGACAUAGCUGGCUACAUUGGUGCCACCAGUGUUCAGUACUUGUCAGUGGAGGGCCUGGUGUCAGCCGUUCAGGGAGGGAUCCCAUCCCUCCUGGAGAAGGAUGAGAUGAUCGACUCAAAUAACAAAGCAAAUAGAAAGGUUGGCCACUGCACUGCUUGCCUGACAGGGAAAUACCCUGUUGAGCUGGAGUGGUAAUGACACAACCCCACGACCCGCCCAGGUUGGAGGAGAGAAUAGAUGCCGAAUAACGUUUUUAGUAUAUGAGGUAUAAAUUAAAUUCAAAUCUAACCAAGUGCCAGCAGUUAAGUAAAAUAAUACCUGUUUUCCUGAUCUGAAAGAAUGCUGUGGGUUGAUUGAAAUUAAUCUGUUGUAACUCAUCAUUGCACUACAAUAAUAGUAUUCACUAUUGUUUAGCAUAAACUGAAACCAUCCAUUCCUCCAUUGGGAUCUUUGAAUUUCAUAUUCCUUUAUUAAACCUGCAAAUCAGUGUUUGAUGCAUUGUCCCAUGUAGGAGGAAAUUGUUGCCAGAUUGGUUAGUUUAAAAUGCAAUUAGUUAAAACCAAAAAUUAGAGUUUAUAAAACUCUUCUAAAUAUAAAACAUCUAGUAGAAUUACCUCACUUGUGUUACAUGAUUGUUAAUAGGUGUUUUGCAUGUAUUUUUUAUAAUAACCAUACCAUACCAAACCUUUCUCUUUACCUAAAUACUUACUGCUGUGCCAUCAUUGUUCAAAGUGUAUAUUAUCGGCACCUGGACAGAUAGGGCUUCAUUUUGGAUUUUACAUGGGUAUGUGUAUGUAUCAAACUGAAUAAAACUGAUUAUUGAC